AUGGCCUCUUCGCGCCAGAGCGUACACCUCGAAACGCCGGACCACUGUCCGCCCGCGAGUACUGAAAUGGAAGACAUCACCGCCAUCGCCGUCAUGGGCGUCACCGGCUCGGGCAAAAGCAAUUUUAUUCAGCAUGCCACGAACUCGGACAGAAUCAAGGUCGGACAUAAUAUGCAAUCGUGCACCGAGGUUGUCGAGCAGUACGAGAUGUUGCUGGACGGCCGCCAAGUUUUACUGUUCGACACGCCUGGGUUCGACGACACCUACAGGCUCGAUGCGGAGAUACUGGCCGAGUUGGCCGAGACCUUCAGCGCCAUGUACAAGAAUAGACUGCAGCUGGCGGGCAUCGUCUAUGUCCAUCGCAUCACCGACAACAGGAUGACCAACACUUUACUGCGCAACCUGUCCGUCAUCCGCAACAUUUGUGGCGAUGAACCCCUCAAGAACGUCACCAUCAUGACCACGUUCUGGGACAAAGAAGACGCCAAAACGGCGGCGAAAAGAGAGCGAGAAAUGUCGGACAAGGCGGAUUGGUGGGGCUACAUGAUGGAGAAGGGCGCAAAGUCGCGGCGGUUCUUCAACACAGACGAGUCCGCCCACGCGAUCCUUCAAGAGUUUGUCGACCGCGACCGGGUCACGCUGCAGAUCCAGACCGAAAUGGUCGAACAAGGCCUCGAGAUCAAAGACACCCAAGCCGGCAGCUCUCUGAACGUCGAGAUCACAAAGCUCGCCAGGCAGCAUCGGGAGGAACUCCGGGCGCUCGAGGCAAAGAUGGACGACGCCGAACGCCGCAACGACGUCAAACUGCAAGAGCUGCUGGCCGUCGAGCGCCGAGAAAAGGAAAAGGAACUCACCCGCAUGCAGCGCGAGCAAAUGGCCAUGGAACGAGACCGCAGCGAAGACAUGCGCCGCAUGGAGCAAGCCUUUCAAGACCAACUGCUUCGCCUCGUUGAGGAGCGCAAGGACCGCGACUCCCAGAUCGCCGCCCUCGAGCGGCAGUUGACGCAGGAGCGCGCCGAAUCCACGAGGCGGUUCGAAAUGGCCGUGCAGAACGCCGAGAUGAACCUGCUCAAGAUCUCGGAGCGGUUCGAGCACACGCGCGCCGAGGACCGGCAGCGCUUCCAACAGCAGAUGGCCGACUACAAGCGAGACCGAGACGACGCGGUCCGGCAGUACAAGGACGAUUUGCAGCGGACCAACGCGGACAUUGUGCGCAUGUUUGAAGAGACGCAGGGCGCCAGCGAGGCCGAGAAGGAGCGGCUGGAGAAGGAAAUCGCGGAGCUGAAGAGGAGGAAGAAGAGGAACAUGGCGGUCCUGUUCGCCAAGAUCGGCGGCGUCGCGCUCUGCAGUGCGCUCGCGCCGUUCACCGGGGGACUGUCGACUCUGGCUCUGCCCAUCUUUCAUGCCUUUGGCGGCAGCGGAGGGAGUGGUGGAUAUGAAGCGACUCAGGACUACGGGGGUUAA